AUGCCCGCGCCAUCCUGCUGGCGGCGCUGGGCCGACCGGACUCUCUCGCAAGGUCCGGGUCAGCCGCCGCGGAUCACCGAGCACCCGUCGGACGCGACCGUGCCGCGCCUUAGCCCCGUGACCUUGAACUGCCAGGCGGCCGGGUCACCGCCGCCGGCCGUCCGCUGGGUCAAGGACGGCCGGCGACUGGCGGCAAACACGGCGCACCGCGUGCUGCUUCCGCGCGGCUCGCUCUUCUUCCUGAGCGUGCGCCGCCGCGACGCCGGCGUCUACUGGUGCGUGGCCGACAACAGGCACGGCCGCGAUGCGAGCCGCAACGCCACGCUCGUGGUGGCAGUGCUGCGGGAGGAGUUCCGGGUGCGGCCGCUGGAUGCGGAGGUGACGGCUGGAGAGCGGGUCACUCUGGCGUGCUCACCACCCAAGGGCGACCCUCCGCCGACCGUGCGCUGGCUGCGAGACGACACCGGGCUGGACCUCACGGCCAACGACAGGUAUCACCUGGCCGGCGAGGGUGACCUGGUGAUAGAGAACGUGACCCAGCACGACGCCGGAAACUACGUGUGCGAGGCCAGGAACUAUGCACAGAUGAAGCGACUCUCGGCGGCCGCUCGGCUCACUGUACGAGCCCAUUCCGAAGCCGCCAAUGGCUCCAGUGACGUCACGACGCUGCCGGGCGGGGCGGCCGAGCUGACCUGCCCGCUGGCUGACGACGGGACCGGCCUGGUCCGCUGGCGGCGCGUCGACGGCUCGCCGCUGAGGGGCACCAACCGAGCUCACGUGCUCACCAUCGAUGACGUCACGGCCGCUGACGCCGGCGUGUACGAAUGUGGACGGGGCUCGACAUCAGCCGCCGUCAGCCUGACCGUCCACGCCCUGCCUGAAUUCCACAAGAGUCCCAGCGAUCGGCUGGCCGCGGCGGGGUCAGAGGUCAUGAUGGACUGUGACGCCGCCGGGUACCCGGAGCCCAUCACGUUCUGGACUCGCGGAGCCAGCGCCAAGGCCAUGUUCCCCGGGCACGAAGAAAGGUCACUCAUCAUUUACAGCAACGGCACACUGCACAUCCAGAGAGUGCGCCCGGCCGACGAGACGCUGUGGAGCUGCUUCGCCGUGAGCGAGGUGGGCUCCCGUGCGUCCGGCGGCUUCCUGUGGGUCGGUGACCCGGGCCCGACCCGGGCAGGCUCCGGCGUUGUGCGGGUGACCGGCGGGCGGGCCGAGCUGCCAUGCCCGGUCACUGGAGGCCGGGUCACGUGGCACAGGGGCGACCGGCCGGUGCUGGAGACGGGCAUGCCGGCCCAAGUGGGUGAACACGGGACGCUGAUGCUGUCAGGUGUGGGCGUGGCCGACAGCGGCCGGUACCGAUGCACGGUGACGUCAGCACAAGGCCGGGUCAACAGUUCGGAGGUGCGACUACGGGUGACCCGGCCCACCGAGCCUGUGACGUCACCGGUCACCGUGACGUCAGCGGCGGCCCUCAACACCACGGCCAUCCGGCUGGAAAUGCAGUUGCAGGUCAGCACCGGGCGGCGGGCGGUGCUGGAGCUGCUCGUCUUCUUCAGCCCGGCCGCCAGCACCAGCAUGCAGUGGGUGCAGCUGCCGGUGGCGGCCAGCGCCGGCGCCAGCGCCAGCGCCGAAGUGGCCGGCCUGAGGCGGGACACUACGUACCAGUUUUUCGUGCUGCCCGUCACUGCCGAGGGCGUCGGCCUGCCCUCCAACCUCCUACUGCAGCACACUGCCUUGGGGGGGUGA